UGAAGUGUUUCCGUCAAGAUGGUGGUUGGUGCCUUCCCUAUCGCCAAGCUGCUCUACCUUGGUGUACGGCAAAUGAGCAAACCUGUGGCGAACAGGAUUAAGGCAGGGGCUAGAAGAAGCGAGUUCUUCAAGAAUUACGUAUGCCUUCCACCAGCACAGUUAUACCACUGGAUUGAGAUGAGGACCAAGAUGCGGAUCAUGGGUUUCCGAGCCUCCACCAUCAAGCCCCUGAAUGAGGAGGCAGCAGCCGAACUGGGGGCAGAGCUGGUGGGAGAGGCCAUCAUCUUUGUAAUCGGCGGCGGCUGUAUGGUGUUGGAAUACAGCCGGCAAGCCAUGAACUCGCGACGAAAGGAAGACGAGCUAAACGAGACCAUCACUAGCCUACAGACACAGCUGGGAGAGCUUGCCCUAACCACAGAGACACUAGAUGCCCAGCUCAGAGAGAUGAACAGGCUAAUGUUAUCCUUCCCAAUCCCUGCUGCACCUGCUACCGUUUCAAAAUGAUAUAAAGGGUUCUUGGCUGAGUGACAAGGACUGUUUGUUAUUCUGUGUGUGGUGUACAACAGUACGGUACAGCACUUCCAUGUUAGUUACACAGCCUUUACAUCUCUGCCACCUAUAUGGAUCUGCCGUUCCGCGAGCGAUGGGAACAGAUCGAUACGCAUACUAGUGCUUUAUGUACCGUCAUCUGCACCUGUUUGAACAACCAGUUGUGAAAACAAUUUGCUAUGAUAUUCAUAGUUUAUAUCCAAUUCUGUAAGCAUGAUUGAAAAAGGCACCAUACAGGAAUUAUUUCAACAUAUCGUGCCCUUUGUAAUUUGGUUUAUUAAGCACUUAUGAUUAUAAACAUAAUUCCAUUAACUGUUUUAAUGUAGUUGGCUGUGGCAUUACAGAAUGGUAGAACAAUUAAGAGGUGUUUUUCCCCCCACAUUUAAUUUCAUUCACAAUUCUCUUCCUCUCCUAAAGAUGUGUGUCUACACACUGGAUCCAUGCACUAGUUGAAAAGAGUGUGUAUUAACGGUGCCUGUGGUGUGGGCAUACAAUUGUAAAAUAAUGAUGUAAAAUAAAUCU